ACUCCUCGCUCAGCCUCACUCAGUCACUCUCAACCCUCAUCGCGCCGUCUACUCUAUCUGCGAGGGAAAAUGCAGCUUCAGCCGGAAGAAGAAUCACCGGCGUAGCCCCUGGGAAACGUCUGCCUCGUCGUCGUGGCCUCUGCAAGCACCGUCUCCUCCCGCGUCGAGUCGUGUGCGGCGGCGUCGUGGUCCUCGUUCGUUCCGUCGCAAGCGCCUCCAGUCGCUCCUCGCAUCUGCUUCGUCUGCGCCACUGCUCACCUCCGUCUCUGUCGUCCCCUUGUUGGUUCACUCCUCUGCUGGCUCUGCUCUGUUCGUGCCGAAGCUCUGCUCGUGCGGUCACCUCUCCUCGCCGGUGGCCUGCCUCUUCGACGGUGGAACGGCCCCAACCCGUCGCUGACGGCUGACUUUGGUUCUGCUUCUGACAUUCUGCAGUGUAGAGGAUAGUUUAUGCUGCUCUGCUCAUCCGGCAUUGUCCUUUGCCGCUGCUGGUCUGAUUCGGCUGUCCUUCUUAUCCUGCUGGUCUGGUCUGGUCCAAUUACUUCUCUGCUAAAGUAUGGAGAACAAUAAUUGGUAUAUGAACAAGUCUGAAGUCAAAAGAGUAGAAAAUGGCAGAGUUAUCAUCUCAAAUGCAUUAUUGCGCAGUAACGGAAAAAGGGUCAAAAUUCUGGAAGUUUCAAGUGAUGAUAGAGAAGAAGUUGAGAGGCAGAAACGUUGUUUUCGGACUUCCUUGGCACUCUCAUCUAAACAUUUUUUACAAGGACUUUUUUGUUUUUCCGAGAAUAAUGGAGAGAGAUGGGUUUUUAUUUACGAGAAUUAUGACACUGAUUUAGCAGAUGCUUGGGCUCACAAUUGGGACAAAUUCAAGGUUUAUCUCAAACAAUUUUUACAAGCUCUGUCAAGUUUAUACGAAGAAAAGAACAUGUGUCAUGGGAAAAUAAGCCAGUACAAUUUUGUAAUAAAUGGGGACAGAGGAGGACUCGUUACCGGAGUCGAGGGAAAUCCUUUUCCUUUCAUGAGCAAAGAUGCCGUUGUUAGGGGCGAGAUGUGGGGUCUACGUAACAUUUUAUUUUCUUCGCUGAAUCUCGGUUCAUCUUCAAAAGAACUCGAUAUGUUCUUAGAUUUUUUACCAUGGUGUAGAUCAUGGAAUCAGGUGUUUUGUCAUCCGUUUUUCUUAGAUUUUCAACACAGAUGUUAUUAUUUUAUUUUGGCCAACCAGUAUUUAAAUGACUAUUUAAGAAAAACUGUGCAUGCCAACCAUCUGGGAAACGCAAUUAGAAAGCAACUUGAGAACCAUCAGAUAUAUAUGAAAAGGUGGCAAGUUGGAGUGAACAGAGUGAACUAUCCGGCAAUGAUGCACAUUUUGAAUGAUCCAAGUACAAAUUAUGGUUUUGGUUCUAAUGAGUUUCUUCGAUUUGCAAGAAACUGUGUAGCUCACCUAUACAUUGCGCCUAAUGGUGAGAUGUGUCAACAAGCUGAAACUUUGGUGAGAAUGAUUGAGGAUUCCUAUCCUGCAUUUUUAAGUGCAGUACAUGGUGUGUUUGUGGCGGAGGAUAUUUAUAUUUUUGAUAUGCCUUAAUGGCUGAAUCUUGAUUGCCUCUGCAUGCACUAAUUCAGCUUAUAAAUCUAAUGCAGCAAAAGAGGCCGUUGGAGCAGAAGAUACCCCUUUGGGAGGUUGGUCUGUAAGGUUGCGUUCUGCUGCUCAGGGAAUCCUGAAUGUUCCAGGAUUGAGCUUAGGAGUUGGUCCAAAAGGAGGACUUUUUUUUUGGAUAAAAUGCUUGGUACUUAUCUCUCAACUAUAAGUAUGCAGGAGGAUGUCCCAUGUGAGUUUAGGGCUUUGUUAGCAAACUUAGUGUUUAUAUGAAAAUUUACUGUGUAUGAAAGUAACUCUGUAAACAGCUAUUUACUAAGCUCUCUAGAUUUUGCAAAGGCUCAAUUUUCAAAGCUUAAUAUAUAUUACUUAUGAAACUGAUCUCAACAUCUGAUUGGGUUCAAAACCCGUUUUACUAAGUUCAUCCAUACAAACAGAGAUGUUUCAUGUGUGCGCUCUUGGUGGAGCAGAUAAUACCAACAGCACAUGCACUAGAGUGGUUAAUUUUUUUUAAGAAAUGCCGGCAUAUUAUUUGGCAACUAUUUUAGAAUGAUCUGUCCACCCCUCCUAUAUCGGUGGAGCUAAAAAGGGAAUGAUGUAUGUUAGUCUAGCUAUAAUUCGAUGAUAAUUUAUGGUGGUAUCAUACUGUCUCCCUUUCUUAUCAUUUUUAUGUUAGAGUUGUGUCUAGUUGGGAAUUGUCUAGCUAUUCUAUUUUGUAGUAUUAUCAUAAUUUUUGUGGGUUUUGGGCAGAUAGGAGAUACCUCUUUAAACCUAGUCUUUCCUUGUCUUUAUCAUUGCAGAUUCAAUCCUGGGUUUGUCUUUCUCUUGGGACUUCCAUUUCUUUCAUAACCUUAAUGAUAGGGAAUCCUUUCAACUUUUGGCUCUCAGGUUUCUAACGGCUGACAAUAGGAUAUUGUCUCUUGAUUCCUCUGGAAGUUUUA